CACUUUCAUUGAAGAGGAUUUACUGUACGACGACUACUAUCGUUUGUUUAUACGUGUCAUCACAGAGAUUACUCACGUCGCCACUUGUCAUUACUUAAAGUGCUGUUUCGACUCGAUAAUUCCACCAAACCUCACACUACAUCAACAAAUAUGUUCGCACGCAUCGCCACCCGCGUCCCCAUAACCGCUGCCUUCGCCGGCAAGCGCAUCGCACCCGCCACCAUCCGCGCCAACUCCUCCAGCUCAACCAGCAGUGCAGCACGCGUCAUGGAGAUGGCUGCGCAGGCCGAGCGCCCAACUGGCGCCGAAGCCGCCGUCCCCGUCAUGUGGGCCGCCUGCGGUGUCCUCACCUACGCCGCGUGGAACCGCAUGAGCGAGCGCAGCGCGGGCGAGAACGUUGAGAAGCUUCUCAUCGUUUAAGCGAUGUUUGACGGAUUACAUACUUCUGCGAUACCCCCGACACCUUCUUCCUCUUCUUCGUCGAUGAGCGAUCGCGACGGCGAUGACGGUCAUUACCUAUACAUGCGAGUGCUCUUUGG